AUUUAUCUGAGCUUAUCAAAAAUCAUAAUACAUGUAUCUCUGUCUCUGUCUCUUACCUCUUGCCCACUUGGCCUCUCGUUUCCUUUUCUUCGCCAAAAAAUACUUUCCAUAUAUCUCCAUUACCUACCCAAUAUAUAUAGAUAAACCCUGUUUCCAUUUUCCUCUUAAAUCCCCAAAUCAAUUUUUCAUUCGUUCGUUGCCAUUAUAAUUUCGCCUUCAUUCACCCAUUGAAACGUCAAAAAGUGAAACAAUGAAAACGAAACGGCUUCUCAACCUAACGGCGGCGAUGGUUCUUCUCGUCUCCUUAACCUCAUCUACGCCGCUCGUUUCCGGCGACCCAGGGCGUCGUGUCAGCAUGACACUGGUUCGACGCGCAGCUGCUCUUGGUGCUUUUUGCUUGGACGGUAGCUUACCGGCAUAUCAUUUGGACAGAGGCUUCGGUGCUGGAUCAAACAAUUGGCUUUUGCAGUUUGAGGGAGGAGGAUGGUGCAAUGAUAUAGCAUCAUGCGUGGACAGAUCAAAGACCCGUCGAGGGUCGACACGUUUUAUGAGCAACACCGUCGUCUUCACUGGAAUCUUGAGCAAUAACGCCUCUUUAAAUCCAGACUUUUACAACUGGAACAAAGUCAGGUUGAGGUAUUGCGAUGGAGCUUCGUUUGCGGGAGAUACAGAGUUUGGCAACGGGACGUCCAUGCUUUAUUUCAGAGGACAACGAAUAUGGAAUGCCAUCAUUCUUGACCUCCUCCCCAAAGGUUUAUCAAAAGCCCGCAAUGCUCUUUUGACCGGCUGUUCAGCUGGUGGUUUGUCUACAUUUUUGCACUGUGACAAUUUCACGAGCUAUUUGCCAAAAACCGCAAACGUUAAGUGCAUGAGCGACGCUGGAUUCUUUCUCGACGCAAUCGAUGUAGCAUCAAACCGGACAAUGAGAUAUUUUUACACACAGCUUGUGUCUCUUCAGGGUAUACAGAAAAACCUCGAUACAAGUUGCACACGGGCAUUCUAUCCUGAACCAUCCCUGUGUUUUUUCCCGCAAUACGCGUUGCGGUUUAUUAGAACGCCAUUUUUCAUCUUAAAUUCAGCCUACGACGUAUUCCAGUUCCAUCAUGGUCUGGUUCCACCUUCUGCUGAUCCAACCGGGCGUUGGAACCAUUGUAAGCUUAAUGUGACGGCAUGUAAUCCACACCAGCUCGAUGCACUCCAAGGGUUUAGGAAAGAUAUGUUGGGAGCUUUAAUGAAUUUUUUCAGAAAUUCUACGAGAGGAGGAAUGUUUAUAAACUCAUGCUUCGAUCAUUGUCAGAGUGCUCUACAGGAGACUUGGCUCUCUCCUACUUCCCCGAGAAUCCACAAUAAGACAAUUGCUGCGACGGUGGGAGAUUGGUAUUUCGGGAGAAGAAAAGAAGCGAAAGAAAUUGGUUGCCCAUAUCCAUGUGAUAAAACGUGUCAUAAUCUCAUUCCAGCUUCUACUACAGAUUCUUCGGUUUCUAAUGCUCCAGGCCAUAACUCUCGCGGUACCUUGAGUCGAAGCCAAGCUGAACUAAACUAUAUUUUAUCUUGAUAUUAGAAGUUGAGAUUAAUCAAGAUUGCAAGUGGUCAAAUAUGUCCAAAUGUGAUAGAUAGUUACAGUUUAACAAAUCGUAAUAAAAGAAUUAUGUUCAUAUUGCAGUUAUAAAAACAACAAAGACAUAAUUUGAAAGGAAAAAAAGAUUCAUUGUUUUCAUGAUUUUCAAAUUCUUAUAUAUUAAUGACGAACCAAAAACAGACCAGAGAACUCUGUUUCAAUAGAGGUUACGCAAACUGAGAAAGAGAGAAUAAUAAAAAAACAGACACAAGCGAAUUUAUGAUUUCAAGAUUUUGGAAUGGGUAUUACGUCCCUGCAGUAAAGCAAACAUUUCACUAUGAUAGUCUCGAGAGAAAGUACCCAAAAUCGUAGAUCGUCAUAACCACAUAACCCGUGAGAGAGAGAGACCUUAUUAAGCAAAGGAGAGACAAUAUCAACCUGCUCUUGUAAAAUGUAAACAAAGACUCCUCCUGAACCCUGAUUUUCAUCCCGCUCAAAGUUGAAAAUGCGAUAAUGGGACAAAAUUUGGGUUUUGCACAGAGGGAAUCACGAGGCGAAGAAUCAUUUUACCACAAAAAAAAAUUAGGGGAAAGCUAACACACAAUAUCUCAAAUCCAAUCACCCGAAAAGACUUAUAUAAACACAUAUUUUCCUAAGCUCUAAACCUAAAAGCACCCUCACACACAACCAAAUGUAAUACAAGAAAACCAAAAACAACCCAUCAACACAGAAACAAGAAGAUACUAAUAAAAAAAAAAAAACCCACACAAACGAGCAGAACUAUGUUUUUUGUUUUAAAGAGAGAAGCUAUACGAGGUUCUUUCUUCUUUUACCGUUAUUGCUCCUCCUGCACUUCCUCCUCAUCUUCUUCGUACUCAUACCCUUCCUCAUCAUCAGCCGUUGCGUCCUGGUACUGUUGAUACUCCGAGACCAAAUCGUUCAUGUUGCUCUCUGCCUCCGUGAACUCCAUCUCGUCCAUUCCUUCACCUGUGUACCAAUGCAAGAACGCUUUCCUCCUGAACAUCGCAGUGAACUGUUCGCUUACACGCCUGAACAUCUCCUGGAUCGAGGUCGAGUUCCCUAUGAAAGUAGAUGCCAUUUUCAGACCCGUUGGUGGAAUGUCACACACGGUUGAUUUCACGUUGUUUGGGAUCCACUCGACGAAGUAGGAUGAGUUCUUGUUCUGAACGUUGAUCAUCUGUUCGUCGACUUCUUUUGUGCUCAUUUUGCCUCUGAACAUGGCUGAGGCGGUCAAGUACCUGCCGUGGCGCGGGUCAGCUGCGCACAUCAUGUUCUUCGCAUCCCACAUCUGUUGGGUGAGCUCAGGGACUGUUAAGGCUCGGUACUGCUGUGAUCCGCGAGACGUGAGCGGUGCGAACCCGACCAUGAAGAAGUGGAGACGAGGGAAUGGGAUUAAGUUGACAGCAAGCUUGCGCAGGUCGGAGUUUAGCUGACCCGGGAAACGGAGACAGCAAGUGACACCACUCAUGGUCGCAGAGAUGAGAUGAUUCAAGUCUCCAACUCUUGGAGUGGUGAGCUUAAGAGUUCUGAAGCAAAUGUCAUAGAGAGCUUCGUUGUCAAGAACCAUACACUCAUCUGCGUUCUCCACGAGCUGAUGGACCGAGAGAGUUGCAUUGUAAGGCUCAACAACAGUGUCGGACACUUUUGGAGAUGGGAAGACAGAAAACGUCAGCAUCAUCCGGUCUGGGUACUCUUCCCUGAUCUUCGAAAUCAGCAAAGUUCCCAUUCCAGACCCAGUUCCUCCUCCCAGUGAGUGACAGACUUGGAAUCCUGAAGGCAGUCACAGUUCUCGGCCUCUUUGCGUACGACAUCGAGAACCGAAUCGAUUAGCUCAGCGCCUUCCGUGUAGUGUCCUUUCGCCCAGUUGUUACCGGCGCCGGACUGACCGAACACGAAGUUAUCCGGACGGAAUAUUUGUCCGUACGGGCCGGAUCUGACACUGUCCAUAGUCCCUGGCUCCAGAUCCAUCAGGACGGCACGUGGGACGAACCUCCCGCAACUCGCUUCGUUGUAGUACACAUUGACUCGUUCGAGUUGCAAAUCGUUCUCCCCCUGGUACCUUCCCGUCGAAUCGAUCCCGUGCUCGGCGCACACUACUUCCCAGAACUUAGCGCCGAUCUGGUUUCCACACUGACCACCCUGAAUGUGCAGAAUCUCACGCAUCUUUCUUCGAUAGCUGAAUAUAUAGGCAACCGAAUUCGAGAGAGAAGAGGUUGUUUCUAUAGAAGAAACCAAAAUUCAGAGUUGUACUGUAGGGAAUUUGAACGGUUUCAACUUGCGAG